AUGGUCAAAUCAUACCUCAAGUAUGAGCAUUCGCAAACAUUCGGCCUCGUAACGUCCAGCACGUCCAAUCUCGUCUGGACCCCCAAUGCUCGCUCGAGUACCAGCGCUGGCCACGCCGUCGUCGCCGCCAACGAGGAAGUCCUUACCUGGGACAUCAAGAAGGGCGAGCUUCUGAGUCGCUGGAGGGACGAGAACUGCUCCUCCCAGGUCUCGACCAUUGCCAAGAGCCAGACCGACCCCGAUGUCUUCGCCGUGGGUUACGAGGAUGGCAGCAUCCGCCUGUGGGACAGCAAGAUCGCAACCACCAUUGUGAACUUCAAUGGCCACAAGUCCGCCAUCACCCUGCUGGCCUUCGACAAGUCCGGCGUGCGUCUUGCCAGCGGCUCCAAGGAUACCGAUGUCAUCAUCUGGGAUCUGGUGGCAGAAGUUGGCCAGUUCAAGCUGAGGGGCCACAAGGACCAGAUCACGGGCCUGAAGUUUGUGGAGCCACAGCCAGAAGUGACCGAGGGGGAUGGAGAGCAGACAAUGACCAUGGACGGCCCCACGGCCACGUCCGAGGGCUUCCUUCUCACCACCGGCAAGGACGCCCUGAUCAAGCUUUGGGACCUGUCGUCGCGCCACUGCAUUGAGACCCAUAUCGCCCAGACGAAUGGAGAGUGCUGGGCCUUGGGCUUGUCGCCAGACUUCAGCGGCUGUAUCACUGCCGGCAACUCGGGCGAACUCAAAGUAUGGGCCCUCGACGCACCCGGCCUGGCAGCGUCGCAGCAGCAGGUCGAUGUUCCUCAGACUGCGCAAUAUCUCCACGACAGGGGUACUCUGUUCCGCGAGGGCAAGGACAAGGCGACCGAAAUCAUCUUCCAUCCCCGCCGAGACUACUUCUCGGUACAUGGCUCGGAGAAAUCGGUUGAAGUCUGGCGGAUACGGACCGAGGCUGAGAUAAAAAAGAGCCUGGCCCGCAAGAAGAAGAGGAGAAGAGAGAAGCUGGCGUCUAAGAAGGGCGGCGCUGAUGGUGGAGACAUGGAUGUUGACGGCGACGAGGAAGAGGAUGCGAGCAAUGCGUCUGUCACCGAGGCCUUUGCGCAGCAUCUCAUUGUCCGCACAGGCGGUAAGGUGAAAUCCGUCGACUGGGCCAACAACCACGGCCACAAGGAGCUCCAGCUACUAGUCGGAACAACCAACAACCAACUGGAGCUAUACAGCAUCCAAACCAAGGAGAAGAACUCCAAGGCGAAGCAGGAAGAUGUCCCGGAUUAUACUCGCUCGUUAGGCGUGGAUCUGCCUGGACACCGCGCCGAUAUCCGUUCUCUUGCUCUAAGUUCCGAUGACAGAAUGCUUGCGUCCGCCUCCAACGGCAGCUUGAAGAUCUGGAACAUCAAGACCCGGUCUUGCAUCAGAACUUUUGAGUGUGGAUAUGCUUUGUGUUGCGCGUUCCUCCCCGGUGACAAGGUCGUCGUGGUCGGGACCAAGGCUGGUGAACUGGAACUGUUCGACGUCGCCUCAGCACAGCUUCUCGACAGCGUUACUGCUCAUGAGGGUGCCAUAUGGUCUUUGCAGGUCCACCCCGAUGGCCGAUCCAUGGUUUCAGGAAGUGCCGACAAGUCCGCCAAGUUCUGGAACUUCCAGAUUGUUCAAGAAGAAGUCUUGGGGACGACGCGGACCACACCGAAGCUCAAGUUGGUGCAGUCGAGGAUCUUGAAAGUAUCUGAUGAUAUUCUCAGCCUCAAAUUCUCUCCAGAUGCGAAGUAUCUUGCAGUGGCUCUGUUGGACAGCACGGUGAAGGUGUUCUUCACAGACUCACUCAAGCUCUAUCUCAACCUUUACGGCCACAAGCUGCCUGUGCUCAACAUGGAUAUCUCAUACGACAGUAAGCUGAUCGUUACUUGCUCAGCCGACAAGAACGUCCGUAUAUGGGGUCUCGACUUUGGCGAUUGCCACAAGGCUCUCUUUGCCCACCAAGACAGUAUUUUACAGGUUGCCUUCGUCCCCCACAACCAAGAAGGCAACGGACACCACUUUUUCAGCGCAAGCAAGGACCGCACGAUUAAAUACUGGGAUGGCGACAAGUUUGAACAGAUACAACGCUUAGAUGGCCACCAUGGCGAGAUCUGGUCUCUAGCAAUGAGUCGGGCUGGAAACUUCAUCGUCAGUGCCAGUCACGACAAGAGCAUCCGCGUCUGGAACGAAACGGACGAGCAGAUCUUCCUGGAGGAAGAGAGAGAAAAGGAGAUUGAGGAGUUAUAUGAGAGCACCCUGACAACCUCCCUGGAGCGAGACCCUGACGACGACGACCAGAACGCAGAGGUCGCAGCUGCAACAAAACAGACCGUUGAAACCCUCAUGGCCGGCGAACGUAUCCAGGAAGCUCUCGAACUGAGUCUGGCAGAUUUGCAUGUGAUGAAGGAGUGGGAGCAAGCGAAGGCUGCCAAUCCUCACAUUGCACCGCCACAGAGGGACACCAUCUUCCUUGCUCUGGGUGGUAUCAGCGCUGAGGAGUACGUCUUGUCCGUUUUGCAGAAGAUCAAGGCGUCAGCGCUGCACGAUGCACUCCUGGUCUUGCCAUUCGCAACAGUACCCAUGCUCUUCACCUUCCUGAACCUGUUCGCGAUGAGGUCGAUGAACAUUCCCUUGACCUGCCGGAUACUGUUCUUCAUGCUCAAGACACAUCAUCACCAGAUAGUGGCCAGCAGGACAAUGAAGGCCAUGCUCGACGGAAUCAGGACGAACCUGAGGAAGGCGCUGAAGAGGCAGAAGGACGAGAUGGGAUACAACAUUGCUGCGUUGAAGGUCGUUGGCAUGCAGAUCAAGGAUAAGAGCGUUAAGGACUACGUUGACGAGAACUGGGAAGAUGACCAAGAGCAGAACGUUAGGAAGCGAGGUUUUGUCCACGUCUCGUAA